AUGACAGAGAGGAGAGAGGAAAAGCAGACCGAAGCAACUGGUGAGGGGCUUGAAGUCUCGCCUUCCCUCAUGGGAAAUGGUGGAGCAGAAUUCGGGGAGGUAGACGACGUGGACGGGAUGUACGGUGUGAGAGGCGUAGACUUACGAACACCAUUGUCUUUAGCAUCAAAAUCCGUUACUAAGCCUGGAGAUGAGUUGGAGGGCUUUCCGGUGGAAGAGGAAAGUUCAGAUGACGAGGAGUCGUGUUUCAUGCGUCUGUUUAACACGACCUUUAAGUGCUACGAAGCUGAUGUAAAGCCGUCCUCUCAAGUGGCCAAACGCAACUGGAAGGGUCUACUGUUGGCUCUGCUUGUGAUCACCGUCAUAUCAGCCCUCAUCGUGCUGGCCUGCUUCCUCACCUACGACUACAAAAUUGAACCGAACUAUGGACUUCCCUUGACACUAAAUGACAUUGUAAUGCUCAACGGUCUAAUUAACCGCCCCAAUGCUCAAUUCACAAACGAUAACUUAGUUUACUUGUCCUCAAACGGAUCCCUGUUAGCGAUUGACCUCAAAACCUACAAACACAGGCUAUUAAUGACCAGCGCACAACUACGUGAGAAGCAGAAUUUUACCGGAAUUCUGAGUGUCUCCGAGAAUAUGGCAACCCUACUGCUCCGCUAUCUAUUUAUCCCAAUUUACCGAAGAAGCUACUUCUCGCAGUACCAAGCCGUUCUACUAUCGCCAGGUAACAAUCCCCAAAUCAAGGCACGAGUGGAUAUUGGACCUUUUGAGGAGGGAUUUGAACAGCCCCUGCUCAAUCACGCUCAAUUUUCGCCCAACUCGGAGGCACUGGCAUUUGUCUACAAAAAUCACAUCUACUGUCAAAGAAAUCCCUUCAAUAAGUCGGUGGACAAUAUGCCUGUACCAAUAACGGCUGAAAUUUAUCGAGAAGGCGUUCUUUACGGAGUUGCUGGAUUCGUCUACGAAGCCUCUUCAAUUGUCUUAACUUGUCUGCCACGCCUCGGUGCCCGUGCCACCUUGGUCGUGGUCGUUGAAGGGGAAACUCUCGAAGAGUUCUUAAUACUUUGUAGCUGCACGAUUAUUUUUAUUGAGGGGGAGGAGAAGAGGGGGAAGAAGUGUGUCCCCCUCAAGAUCUGGUGCAGGCAUGCCAAGAGAGCUUCCACCCCCAGUUUCCAAUAUCCACCUUGCAUCACGAAGGGCUCUGGCCGUGGUACAGUGAAAUGUCUACAAGUGUCUCUCAGCCUGAAUAGAGUCCCCCUGAAGUUUGAACUUCUUAAUAGCUCUGACAGGAAUAGAUGUUUCCACUUCCUUCCUUUCCGUUUUCUCGCAGAGGAGAUACUAGGUGUUUCUCAGACCUUUUGGUGGAGUCCACAAGGCACCAAAUUAGCCUUCACCGCAAUCGACGAGACCAAUGUCACCAAGACAAAGUUGCUCUUCUUUGAGACUCCGGGCACCUUUGGACCUUAUGUGAACGAUCACAGCUAUCCGAUGGCUGGUGAAGAGCGCAAAUACAACAUGCCCUUCUUGACACUCUACGUGUAUUUGAUGGCGACCAAAAAGCUGAUCGAAUUUGAAAGACCUCGCAAGGUGCCACAGGAUGCCCUCAUGACCUUCUUUAAGUGGAUUGACGAUGAGCGCUUUCUGUGUGGAUGGGUAUCGCGGAAAUGGGAUUUUGCCUGGAUUGUGGUCGGGGAUGUGCCAUCAAAAACCAUGUAUUCUCCAAACCAGCAUUAUCAGAUGCCUAUUGUUGAACUGGCAAAGCAAUCUAUUCUAACAGUUAUCCCCAACUACUACAGCGCAAAUGUGUAUCGAGGCAUCGCGAGGUUGUCUUUGAACAUAUCGAGACAUAUGACCACUCAGUACCCACAGUGGGUGCAUACGCCAGACUACGACGUGAGGGAUAUUUUGUACUCCUUCGGUGGCAAAGAGAUCCUCUACACAUCCAUCGGGAAAGAUCCCAAGGAGAUGCACUUGUUCAUAACACGAGGUGGCACCCAGGCCAAGUGUUUAACAUGUGGUGACCCCAAUUGCCAUUUCAACUCGGCCAAAGUUUCUAAAGACGGCACCAAUAUCAUUCUCGAAUGCCUGGGACCAUCUCCACCCUCGAUUUAUUUGAAGCGAUUAGUCAGAAACGCGACAAAUAUUGGAUCGCUGGAACAUGUGGCAGUGGUGGUCAACAACACCAAACUGAAGGAGAUGGUGGCGGUAAAGGCCAUGCCUGUGACCAGGUUUGAAAAUGUCACCAUACACAAGGGAACAACUGCUGAGAUCACCUUGAAUGUGAAGUUCGUGCAACCGCCAGAAUUAGUGGAAACGCACAUUACCCAAUAUCCUGUCCUUUUGGAAACAUACGGCGGUCCGAUUUCUCAAACUGUGACAACAAAAUUUGUUGCAGAUUGGCAGUCCUACCUGGUGACACAGUUCAAGUUUGUUGUCAUCUCAAUUGAUGGUCGAGGAACUGGCAAUAGAGGCAAGCGAUUUGAAUCAGCCAUCUACAAGAAGUUGGGGGUUGUAGAGUCCUACGGUGGAUUUGCGGUGGCAAACAUUUUGGGUCAUCCCGAUAACGACUUCAUACUUUGUGGCGUCGCCGUUGCACCCGUCACCGAUUUCCGUCUCUACGAUGCGGCCUACACGGAAAAGUAUUUGGGGCCCUACUCUGAAAACUCACACGCAUACGAGCGAACUCAUGUGACCCAGCUAGCGCGCAAUUUUAAGAAUAAGGAUUUCCUCAUUAUUCACGGAAUGGCUGAUGAUAACGUGAAUCUCAUUCACUCAGCUUUGCUCAUCAAGGAAUUGAUUCGGCAAGGUGUUGGGUUUGACAUGAUGUUUUAUCCGGAUGACAAUCACUUCAUCGCUCAGAGGCAUUUUCGUCCGCAUUUGUGGCGCAAGGUGAUUACUUUCAUUGUUGACAGCGUAAAUCGGACUUCAAUUCGCCACCGACACAGUUUUGAUGAUUUUUGA